GUGGGCAGCAGCUAGCUUGGUUGCACUGAAAGUUGAGCUGUCACUGGAGACAUGAACAUGUUGGUGAACACUUUAGACCACAGGUGGAUCAGUUUAACCUUGAGACAAGCUUGGAUAACAGCUAUGGCAGCUCCCAAGGUCAGUCUCUCCACACUUCCUCCAGAGCCUGUCAUCCCCUCUAAAAAGCCUUUUAAAGUGGAACUAGUAGGUGGCAAGCGUUACUCUUGGUGCACCUGUGGCCACAGCAAGAAACAGCCUUUCUGUGAUGGAGCCCACAAAACCAAAGCCCAAGGUCUGAUGCCACUACGCUUCAUCCCAGAGAAAGACUGCACCGUCUGGUUGUGUGGUUGCAAGUACACCAACAGCCCACCAUACUGUGAUGGCACGCACAAGCAGGACUUCAUUGUAUCUGCCCCACUACAUGAGCAGACUGAUUCUUAAAAAGGAAGGUGGAGGAGGUCUGAACUGAACAUUAAUGUUGCUGUUGUAUCUACAUUCUGUCACUGGAUGAUUUUGCCCUUAAUGAAAGCAGCACAUGAGAACUGAUCGACCAUGACAAGUGUUUGACUGUUGUGUCAUGUCAAUAUUUCUCAGUGCUUGACAGAGAAGAGAGUGGCCAUGAAAAGUUGUGGCUUUCUGUCUCUUUAUCUGGGUGAGACAGUGUUGCAUUACUAGAUUUUCCAGUUUGUACUGAAGAAGUCAAAUUAUCUCUAGCUUUAUAAGAUCUUUGACAAUUUCACAUUUAAAUCAACGGUACGUCUUGAAGCUCCAGAGAAUGGCUUCAAAGGAGAAAACUGCUGAAACAAUUUACACUGUGAAGUCUAUUCAUUAAGCAAUGUAUAAAUCUAUCCCAUAGAGUCAGUGGGAAGGUGUGCUUAUGCUUAGUAUUUAUAGGAAUAUGUAUAGUACUGUUUAUUUAUCUGUGACAUUAUCUGUGUAAUUACGUUAUUUGUCACCUUUGUCAGUGGUUACAGUACUUUUCACUAACAUUAGCGUGCUGCCUGUCAGAUUGUGUAUCUCCCUGGAACCCCAUACAGUGUGCGCGCCUGCAUGCACAUACACCAACACCGAUGAGCAAUUUCAUUCAGAUGUGCACUAUACAUGUUUGUUGUUGUUAUAUUUAGAUAAUAAACAUUAUUUUUCACCUA